GAGAGUAGCACGGUGCUGCAGUUAUUCUAGAGAUAACUGUGGUCAGGCUGGCUGCCCUUCACGCUCCCCGAUGUACCAGGAGGCGGUAGACCCUGUCAUUCAGGGCCUCGACGAGCCAUGCCCAUCAAGUACCUGCCAAAACCACGUAGCCACCACCAUGCUGACAGCUACAAGACAGAGCCUCUCCGAUCACACAAUUGGCAAAGAUCCACAGGCCGUGAGGACAGGUCAAAGGCAGAACAGAGGGAUGAGAACUCGCCUUGGCUGCCUGUCUCACAAAUCAGACUCAUAUAAUGAUUUCACAGCCAUUCUUCCGGAUAAGCCCAACCGGGCUUUGAAAAGAUUAUCAACAGAAGAAGCCACAAGAUGGGCAGAUUCUUUUGACCGUCUUUUGUCCCAUAAAUAUGGGGUGGCUGCAUUCCGCGCCUUCCUGAAGACAGAGUUCAGCGAGGAGAAUCUGGAGUUCUGGCUGGCCUGCGAGGAGUUCAAAAAGACCCGGUCGACAACCAAACUGGCAUCCAAGGCCCACAGGAUCUUUGAAGAAUUCAUUGAUGUGCAAGCUCCUCGAGAGGUGAACAUAGACUUCCAGACACGGGAGGUGACAAGAAAUAAUGUGCAGGAGCCCUCACUAUCUUGCUUUGACCAGGCCCAGGGGAAAGUGCACAGCCUCAUGGAGAAAGACUCUUACCCCAGGUUCCUGAGAUCCAAAAUUUACACAGACCUGCUGACCCAAACCCAGAGGAGGCUCAGCUAGAGCAGGGAUGGGACCCUCAGAAACCAUAAGCUUCCCAUGGCAGUCCAAACCAUUUCCAAAUUUGAAACUUCAUUGGUGUUAAAAAAGCAGGGGUAAAGGAGGAACAGGAGAGAUAAAGGGGGAGCCCAUUUCAGAGUGUGACUCAAACGCAGUUCUAGGACUCUUUGGAGAGUCUCUGUGUGUGUUUGGUUAGUGGUAGCACCUAGCAGUUUCUGGCCUAUUCAGGAUCAGAAAUAUGUCCUCCGUAGUGCACUGGGUCAUCUAUCAAGAAGGCAGGUUUCCCAAAACUUACUACACUGGUUAGUUGGUAAAUAAUGCCUAUAUGAACUUCCAUCCUUCCAGACCUCUUCCCCACUCUCACCUAUCCCACAUAGUUGGAGGGGACACUAAGGGCAGUCAUGAAAUUAGUGUAACUGAGUACAAUCCAAAGCACUGCUGUCACUCAUGUGAGGGCGUGGGACUCCAAGCUAGAGACCAUGGAGUUCCUAAAGCUACAGGCCUUGGGAUGUCUCCCAGGGUAGAACGGAUCAACUGAGUCAGCUCUUUCUUCCAUUUUUGUGCUCACAUUGUGAUGUCAGCCAUGACCUUGCUGCACCCCCUUUCUAUCUGAUGAUGCUCCCCUAAUCCUAAAGCCCUUUUCUUUAGGGGAGGGAAACGGAAUGUUAUUUUCACGUGCAUUGUCAAGGAGCCAAAGUUUCCUCCCCAGGAGGCCAAACCAAAAGUCCUUACUAGAAAUGAUUCUAGUAAAAAAUUAUAAUUAUUAUUUGAUAGGAGCCCCAGGCACGGAGCAGGGCUCCAUUGUGCUAGGCUCUGUACCAAAACCAUAACAAAAAGAUGCUUCUUGCCCCAGAAGAGCUUUGUAGUUGGGAGGCAACAAGUGAUGCCCCAUCAUGCUAAUUGCUAACAAGGGAGGGGAAUGCAAGACCCGCCUGUUGUGUGACACCACACGUUUCAUGCAUUGCUUGACUGGGCAUGACAGAGAGAGGUAAAAGUAAAGGGAUUUGUGUGCAGUGUAGCACA